AGCGCUCCGCAGCUACUUGGCGACCCUCGCUCGCCGAGGCGCUGCAGGCAGAGCCCUUCCCAUAGCCUGUUGCAUGAUCCGGGGGCUUCUGAGCCCUUGAAUUUGUAUUUGAAGUGCUGUGUUGAGCGACCACUGCCCUGACUGCUGACCGUCCAAACACCUUGAAGAAGUGGUUUCUGAUUCUCAGAGGACAAGAGAGGGCUUUGUCACUGAAGACAUUUGGCAUUCGCCUAGAAGAGGUGCUGGUGAAUGAAAUAACCCGUCGCAAGCAUCUGGAAUUGACAGCCACAGCCGCGAUGCGGGUUGAAGAAGCUACUGUUCCCGUCGGUGGUGGCCGCCGCUGUCGUCGGGGAAACGUGGUGCAAAGGGUGUUUGGACGCAUCCGACGCUUUUUCAGUCGCAGACGUGAUGAGCCCACCCUGCCCAGGGACUUCACUCGCCGUGGCCGUCGAGGUGCAGUUUCUGUGGAUAGCCUGGCUGACCUGGAGGAUGGGUCCCUGCUGCUGCAGACCCUGCAACUUUCCAGAAUUUCAUUUCCCAUUGGUCAACGACUUCUUGGAUCCAAAAAGAAGAUGAGCCUCAACCCCAUUGCUAAACAGAUCCCUGAAGUUGUUGAGGCUUGCUGCAAAUUCAUUGAGAAACAUGGACUGAGCACAGUGGGGCUUUUCACCAGUGAAUACUCUGUGCAGAGAGUCCGUGAGCUCCGUGAAGAAUUUGAUCAUGGUGUCGAUAUAGUCCUGGAUGACAAUCAGAACGUACACGACGUAGCCGCGUUGUUGAGGGAGUUUUUCCGGGACAUGAAAGACCCGCUGCUGCCAGACGACCUCUACAUGUCCUUCCUUCUGACAGCAACUCUAAAGCCCCAGGAUCAGGUUUCUGCUCUUCAAUUGCUGGUAUACCUGAUGCCGCCUUGCCACAGUGAUACUCUAGAGCGUCUGCUGCAGGCCUUGCAUAAAAUCACUGAGUAUUGUGAGGACUCCAUUGGCAUUGAUGGACAAUUGGUCCCAGGUAAUCGCAUGACUUCCACCAACUUGGCCUUGGUGUUUGGAUCUUCUCUCCUGAAGAGGGGAAAAUCUGGCAAGAGGGAAUCCAGGAAAACAAAACUGGGGAUUGACCACUAUGUUGCUUCUGUCAAUGUGGUUCGAGCCAUGAUUGAUAACUGGGAUAUCCUCUUCCAGGUGCCUCCUCAUAUUCAGCGUCAGGUUGCUAAGCGUGUGUGGAAGUCCAGCCCUGAAGCCUUGGAUUUUAUCCGACGCCGGAAUUUGAGGAAGAUUCAGAGUGCACGCAUUAAGAUGGAAGAAGAUGCUCUACUUUCUGAUCCUGUGGAAACUUCUGCUGAAGCUCGUGCUGCUAUCCUUGCCCAAAGCACACCCUUUGAUGAAGACCCUGAUGAAGUUCCAGACGUGCCAGGAAUUUUGAAUGCUGAAGAAAACCUGAACCAGGACUUCGGAGAUGGGCCAGAUUUUGACGACCAGGAAGACCUUGAACUGGCAGAAGUUCCCUACCUAGAUGUGAUCCCAAACAAUGAAGGAGAAUCAGAUGCUGAUCAUAUUCCAGGUUCCUCUGAGGAGCCAGCUGUGCCUCCCGGCACUGUCCGUUCCCAUGACGAUGAGGAAGGAGCGGGUAACCCUCCCAUUCGGGGGCAAGACCGCCCAUUGCUCCGUGUGCCCCGGGAGAAGGAGGCCAAAUCUGGCAUCGGCAACUUCUUUCCUUAGAUGUUUUUCUUCUAUAAGGUGCCGGACAGGGGAAAAGUGUGGGGGAAGACCUGGGAUGUCACAGGAAACAUUAAGGGGAGUCUUAUUGACAAAGAUCUGAGGGCAAGAAGGAUUUCCACCUGAUGCUCGGGUCAGGAUGGGGAUUCCAAAUACACUGCCAGCCCCUUUACUGGGGAUGCAUGGUCUCUUCAGCUGGUAAAAGCGGAGAUGUUUCUGUGUCAUGCCCAGGCUCCCUGGUGCUACCUUGCCUUCUCUUGUACCCCUGAUCCUGGCUUUCUCUCACUGCAGCCCUCCCUUUAAUUGAUGUUACAUUUGUGAUAAACACCUGUCCCAGAGAAGAUCACAAAUCUCGAGGUGCUUUCCCUCCCCCAAAGGGGAUUGCAUGUUUUUCCUAACUUUCCUCCCCUCCUCCUGAGAGCUCAAUUGGAAAGGCCCUCAAGAUGCAUGCUAGAACGUUAGGUCAGCCAUUGGAUAGCUGACAAACAAUGCUAAACCAUGUCACACCAACUCAUAGCCAUGUCCCCGCAGCAACUCCGCCACCUCAGGAUUUUUUUUUCCCAAAAUUAUUUAGACCUAUGGCUACUCAAACAGCCACUCCCAAAAUUCUGUGCAGUUUUGCUCAGGUCACACCAACAGGGAAACCUCAAGUGUAAGCCUAACUAGCUUUUCUGGG